CCGACUGCUGUAGAUCGUCUUCCCUACCACCGCUGCCGCCCGCCGUUGCUUUCUUUCUCUCGGUCCAGAUCCAUCGCCACCGUCCCUCCUCGAUUUCAUUCCAGCUCAUCGAUCCGCGUCACCCCGGGUUUCGACGGCCUAGAUCGGAGCUGCAGAGCUACUGGUUCAACACACGAAGCAGCUCGUCUCUGUUCCUCCUCCCUCCCCCCAUCCUCUUCGCUGAGCUCCCCAAAUUUUUUUUGAUUUCAAUAAUAAUUAUUUUCCUGGAAAAGAGAUUUGAAAAUUUCAUUGGCUUCCGUUAGAUUUUCCCGAUCUGUUCGCUGGGGCGGAGAAGCAACAUGAAAAUCACGGAGCUGGAAGGGAAGGAUUUGAAGGAGGAGGUGAUUGCCAUUUCAACCGACGACGACGAGGACGACAGCGACACGGAGGAAGGGGCGGAGGUCGAGGCGCCGGAAGAUGAGGAAGACGUCGACGAUGACGAGGAGGAGGAUGACGGCGACGGCAACGACUCCGACGACGACGGAGAUGAUGAUGACGACGAGGAUGAGGGCGUCGACGAUUGUGUUCUUGUCGAUUGGGUCUUCAUCUUUUUUCCUCUUCUCUCUUCUUGCUUCUUGUCGAUUGGGUUCUUGUUCUUGUCGUCAAUGGCGGAAUUUGGGGAGGCGGUGGAUCUGAUAUGAGGGGUUUUGUUUCUUGACAUAAAAAGAUAAAUAAAAUUUAGGUUUAAUCAUUUUUAUAACAAUAUAUUUUUUUAAUUAAAAAUAUGAAGUGUCACUGACGUGGCAUCUACGUGGCUGCCACGUCAACAAAAGUCAAUGUUAAUGUUGACUUCUGUUGGUCAACCGUUAUAUAUAACGGUCAACAAAAUCGUCAGGACAUAAAUGACACAAAACUAUAAUAGGUUGGGACACAAAUGUCGUAUCAAAUACUUUAGGACACAAAUGACACAAAGUUAAUAGUUCGGGUUUUCCAGUGGUAUUAGCCCUUAUGUUUUUAAUGUUUAUAUGACUAAUUUGAAUAUAUUGUAAUUUGUAAU